GCUUUCCAUAGUAUGAAUGAAGUGUUGGGACACUUCAUCACUGAACUCUGUGAAGAGCCUAAACCGCGGGAUUAUUUUAAAAUUCUCCUCCACUCCUUCUAGUUCUGUUGGAGACUGUUUCUUCAGCAGCAGGACCGUCGAGAGGUGACGACAACAUGAAAUACAUUAUCGGAGUUGGCGGAGUCACUAAUGGUGGCAAAACCACCCUGACCAAAAAGCUGAUCAAGACUUUGCCCAACUGCUGCAUUGUGCACCAGGAUGACUUCUUCAAGAAACCCGAUGAGAUAGAAGUCGGGGAGGACGGCUUUAGACAAUGGGAUGUGAUCACAGCUUUGGAUAUGGAGGCCAUGACCAACACGGUGAAAGGCUGGAUGGAGAACCCGGUGAAGUUCGCCCGCUCUCAUGGUAUCACCCUGUCCUCUGCCCCUGACGUGGCCGACCCCGAUGGGCAGAUCCACAUCCUGAUCGUGGAGGGCUUCCUGCUCUACAACUACAAGCCUCUGCUGGAUGUCUUCGACAAGUGCUAUUACAUAUCAAUCCCCUAUGAGGAGUGCAAAAGUAGGAGAAGUACGAGGCAGUACACCAUCCCCGACCCUCCCGGCCUGUUUGACGGCCACGUGUGGCCCAUGUACCUGAAGAACAGGAGAGAGAUGGAGGACAGCAGCUUGCAUAUUGAGUACCUGGAUGGUUUGAAAACCAAAGAGGAGAUUUACAACCAGGUGUAUGAGGACAUUCAGAACAACCUGCUCAAUUGUUUAUAGCAGGAAGACUCGUCUCCAUCCCUGUACAGAACUUGUAAAUAGUCCCAAGGAUUUUUUUUAAGGAUGUUUUUCUAAAUUUGUAUUUCUUGUUUUUUGUACAUAGAACAGACCAAUGUUAACUUAUCAUCGUCAUUUUAUCAUCUUCAGACGAUCAAUAUUUGAUUUUCGUUAAAGGUGAUUGUACUGAUGAUGUUACUGGUAUAUGAAACCACUGACUUUUACUAGACCAUUUGUUUGUCAAUUUCAUUCUCAUUCAAAUAAAUGUAUUUGUAGCUGUUUGCUGAUACAGUA